AGAGUGUCAAUCUUAACUCCUGCCUUUUGAUUGGAGAGCUGGACUGUCAAUUAUUCGUGCGCCGGCCGCUGUGACGCGCCGGGUGGGCUGAGGCGCGCGGCCGCUUGACGGUUGCUCUCUCCUCAGCCCCAGCCCGGGUGGUCGUUCCGUCGCGGGCCGGUCGGUUGGUCGUCUGGCGCGGCGGCCGCUCUGCCACCGGGAGCCGGGUGUCGGCGGAAGCGCCACAUGGGCGGGCUUUGGCGGACGACAUGGCUUAUUGCAACUAUUCCUUACUUACCUCUGUUGCCAGAUCAAGAGGAGGAAACUGUCUCAUGCAUUGCACUUUGUACCCGUCUAUGGUGGUUCUGCAUGUCCGUGGUUUACAUUCAAAUAGAUUAUAUCCCAGAGUUCAAGAACUUGGGAGGACUCAUCUCCUCUACUGCAAUCUACCUCACAAAUGUACCUCUGUAGUACCUAUCUGCAACUUCCACCUGUCAGGUCAAUGGCUUGAAGAAUGUAAAAGAUCAUCCCAUAAGCAUAUUAACAAACCAAGUCUUGAAAGACCAGGUUCACUUUCGCAAACAACUGAAAAGGAUGUGGUGAAAAAAUCUUGGAAACAAAAAGUCAUAAGUGACCUAAAACAUUACUACAAUGGAUUCCGAUUACUUUGGAUUGACAUAAAGGUAGCGACAAGGAUACUGUCAAGAUUACUGUAUGGAUUCCAGAUCAGCCGUAGAGAGAGGCGAAGGCUUCUGCGUACCUCUGUUGACCUCUUCCGUCUAGUUCCUUUCGUUAUCUUCCUGGUUGUGCCAUUUAUGGAGUUUUUGCUGCCUGUCUUUUUAAAGCUGUUUCCUGAAAUGUUGCCGUCUACAUUUGAGACAAAAUUGAGUCAGGAAGAAAAGCAGAAGAAGACUAUGGCAGCAAAACUUGAAAUUGCAAAAUUUCUCCAGGAAACCAUCGUAGAAAUGGCCAAAAGAAAUAAAACAAAAAGUGGAGCAGCUACUGAACAGUUUUCUUCCUACGUGCAGAAGGUGCGUCAUUCAGGGGAACAUCCAAGUACAAAGGACAUAGUGCGUUUCUCCAAACUCUUUGAAGAUGAAUUGACCCUGGAGCAUCUCAGCCGUCCUCAACUGGUAGCACUGUGCAGGCUUUUGGAAUUACAGCCCAUUGGUACAAACAACUUGCUUCGCUUCCAGCUGCAGAUGGAAUUAAGAUCCAUAAAAGCAGAUGAUGAAAUGAUUGCCAAAGAAGGUUGUGAAGUUUUGACUGUGUCAGAACUACAGACAGCAUGUAGAGCAAGGGGUAUGAGAUCAUUGGGAUUGACAGAAAAGCAGCUAAGGGAACAGCUCACUCAGUGGCUUGAGUUGCAUCUGAAGGAGAACGUGCCUCCGUCACUGCUGUUGUUGUCUCGUGCUAUGUAUCUGACUGAUAGCAAGCCAAAAUUUAAUGUGCACCAAGUGCCAAUAAUCCAGCUGGGAAUUACUAGUUCACUGAAAAAAGAGCCACCAACGAAAGAGAAAACUGAAGGACAAACUUUACCAAGCUCUGACAGAUCUGACCCGGCCAUGAAAGACAUCAAGGAUCAAGAGAUUAAAAAAUCCCAGAAAACCAAGGCCACUGUGAAUGGAUCAUGAUGAAUGUAGUUACUUGACGAUGCAAGGAUUUUGCAGCAUGGGGAAACUGUUAAAGGGACUUCAUUUCUAGUUGGGCAAUAACCCUAAUGAACAUGAAAGCGGGAUGGAAAUAUCUCCACGGCUAGCUCUCCCGUUUAAGAUGGGAUAUCACUCACAAAUCCUUUGUAUGAAAGCUGUGGCUGAACAGAAUCCAGCCCCGUCCGAUGUCCAAUAUGAAAAAAGGCAAAGUAAUCAUGAAUAAUAAUGUGUCUGUAAACUAAUGAUUUGUCUCAUAAAGCAAUGGCACUGGAACUAGGACAGGUAAAAUAAUCCCACUCCGUUUACCUGCACAAUGCAUAGAAAGUUCACAUUGCCAUGUAAAAACAUUACCUCUAGAACAUCUCAUGAAUUUCGAACAAGGACACAUUAGUGGGGGGUUACAAUCCAUGUCACAAUUUGCAGUGUGAUUUUUAAAAAUGUUAUCAUUUUAUGACACAUAAACUGACAUAUUUAUAUAUACUUGCUGCUGCCACCACUGGGAAUGGGACAAAUUCACACAAACCUUAUCCUAAUUGUAGCUGUUGUGUUUGCAGAUAAAAUGUGGCUCUUAACAUGUCUUUUAACAGGGAUUGAUGUUAUGCUAGUAGAGUGAAAAAGGAACUAAGCUGGUCACACUUGACAAAGAUGUUCCUUUUGCCAAGAUUGCCAAAUCCUCAGGUACCAUUUAUACCCAGGAAAGACAAUUUAUUGCAGAAUGCAUCAUCUUAAAUUACUUGUGUCUGGUGCUAAACAUGACUUUUGGUUAUGCUGUAUUCUUAGGCUUGUAGAAAUAUUGAAAAAAUAACAUAAGCUCAUCCUUUCUGAUAUGGAGGUGUACUGUUUUAUUAAUUCAUAACUAAAUACUUACCUUAUUUUGUGAAUCUGUCUGUUGCCUUGGGUGAUUAUUUGUUCAAAGUGGCGAUGAGCCAAAACACUGGUCUAUUGC